UUCUUGGAUUUUGCUGUGAUUCAUCGGGCGCGCCAUGAGGGCCAUCCGCGUGGAACUGUGAAUCUCCAGGUACUUGGUACGUACUACGCAACCAGUGCUCGCAUGCAGUGUGUUGGUACAGGUCCAUCUCCAGGUCUUGGGCUCCAGGUGAAAUAUCCAUUUGGUCAUCCAUGAUCCUUUUCCGCCUCAAGGUCUUAGGCUUUGACAGGCCCUGGGCUGCGCUGGAGGUCUCUGCACAGCUUUCUUCGGAGAAGUGCGAUCAAGCCGCGGCGUUGGCCGUGCUUGGGCCCAUCCUGAGCGCAGCGACGGUCCGGUGGCGCGCCCUGCCGGCCGACACGGCGUGCUGCUUGCUGUUGGUGAGAGAGGAGGACCUGCGCAAGGCCAGUGUGGCCUUACAGAGCGCAGGGCAUGAAGUUGGCUCCAUUGAAAGGCCGGAAGUGCAGAUUGAAUCAGACGGUGAGUUCUCCACUUCGAGCUCCGCCCCAGCGAAGCCACCGAACGUGCCGCCCGCAGCGGUCGCCGAGGCUCCCGUGGGGUCGCCGGCGUGCCGUCGGUCCAGAUCCAAACGAAAGUCCAAGGCCAAACGGUCCAAGGAGAAGGAGAAAAAGUCCCGUGACCGUUCCAGACGGAGGUCGCGGACCCGCAAAAGCAGUGCUGCGAGUGCUGAAGCGAAGGCCUAUCCUUACCAUCAAGCAUAUCCUCCAAUGCCACAGCCAGGGCCACCCCCUCCAGUCCCUGUCCGAGCUCCAUGUCCACCGCAGGUCGCACCCGCAGUGCCCGCCGUGCCCGCCGUGCCCGCCGUGCCCGCCGUGCCCGCCGUUGUGCCGGGCAUGGCGCCUCCCUUUCCGCCAUGGCACCAUCCUCCAGGGCACCCCUACUUCCCGCCUCCAGGGCCUCCCUACAUGGGAAUCCCUCCAUGGGACCCCCGCCUCGCCCCAGCGGGACCGCCACCGGGACCCGCGCCGGGACCCGUGCCGGGACCCGCGCGGAGUACGGCGGGGCCGGAGGAGAGCGUGGCCUCGGGAGCCAAGACCUUGCCACCGAAAGCUGGGCGAAAGGAAACCGUGGGCAGUGCCUGGGGGGAGCCCACAGCAGCGGAGGUCAAGGGCAAGGAAAGCAAGGACAACUCAUCAUCCAGCCAGAGCUGAGGGCGGGAAUGGAUCACUCGGAUGAAAUGUCUUUGUGCAUUGGAUGUGCCGGAUGUGGAUGUGGGGUGUUGAUUAUGAGUCAGGCCUUUUCACCUCUUGGGCGGGCGGGAAAAAGGCCCGCUGGGAAAAAGGGCCU